GUGUGACGCCUGCGCACCAGCCACGCUCUCUAUUGUAGACUUUUUUUCUUCUUAGAUGCACCGAAGAAUAAAAGCAAAUUUUUUUUUAGUGUGUGUCUGGGGGAACACUGUUUUCAUAUCGUCUUUCCCAAAGGCGCAGGAACGUUCUUACGUAUUUCUCAGGCAGAAGGAGUUACAAAAUAGGGACCAGAGAAAACCAACCUGCCACUGCCCGUUUCCUAGCAACUGUUUCCACAGCAACCACUCGGUCGACAACGCUAAGCAGUCUCAGGAGGAGCAGAAUAGUUUCUUCCUGAAAAGGGGUUGCUACGAAAGGGUCAAAGGGAGAUUAUUAUACGAAAGAGAAAUUUUAGUUCCUUGUUAAGAGAGCAAGAAAAGAAAAAAAAAAAAAGCGGCGAGAAAAGGAGCAGAGACCGUGGAAUAGGUAGCCAAAAGUUGAGGAGUUGUUAGGGAAUCCUUUGGUGGCCAUGGACCCAUCCUGCACUUCCGAGAGUAUUUAUAACCUCAUACCCAGUGACUUGAAGGAGCCGCCCCAGCCUCCUAGGUACACGUCAGUGUUUAGAGCAUCUGUAAAAAAUGACAUGAAGAAAUCCAAAACAGCGAUGAAAACCAUGGGGCCUGCCAAAGUUGACGUUCCUUCCCCAAAGGAGUUUCUAAAGAAACAUUCAAAGGAAAAAACGCUACCACCUAAAAAAAAGUUUAAUAGGGACACUCCCAAGAAGCCUCCAGUGCCCUUGAGGACCGAUCAUCCAGUCAUGGGAAUACAGAGUGGAAAAAACUUCAUAAACACAAAUGCCGCUGACGUCAUCAUGGGCGUGGCCAAAAAGCCCAAGCCAGUUUAUGUUGACAAAAGAACUGGAGAUAAGCAUGAUCUUGAAACUUCAGGCCUGCUCCCCAAAUACAUCAAUAAAAAGGAUUAUGGUAUCACUCCUGAAUACAUAUGUAAGCGAAAUGAGGAUGUAAAGAGAGCCCAAGAGGAGUAUGAUAAUUACAUCCAGGAGAACCUUAAGAAAGCAGCUAUGAAGAGACUUUCCGACGAGGAACGGGAGGCGGUUCUGCAGGGGCUGAAGAAGAACUGGGAAGAGGUACACAAAGAGUUCCAGUCCCUCUCAGUCUUCAUCGACUCCAUACCAAAGAAGAUUCGCAAGCAGAAACUGGAAGAAGAAAUGAAGCAGCUGGAACACGACAUCAGUGUCAUCGAGAAGCACAAGAUUAUCUACAUUGCCAACAAGUGAAUGGAUCAUGGCAGUUCAGAAACAGAAGAAGAAGAAAAAAAAAAUCCACGGAGGACAUAAAAAUAAACCCAUGCUUUUCGAAGAGGACUGUAAAGGGAAUAAAAAGUUUUCACCAAAAAUGUAGGCAAUGUUGACAGAAUAACUAAGUAUUCACUGUACCAGAGAAAAUUUUCUCCUCCAGUGUCAUAGUUCUCCUUAUAAACAAACCAUUAAAGUUUGAAGCUCCA